CAGCGUCAACUGAGGACGGUGCCACUCAGAAGUUGCCCCCUGGUGGUCUGAGCACUGAAACUGCACAAGAGAGGACUCUAUGUGGGGCCCAGAGGCAGAGGAAGGCUCGCCCCUCACAGCACCUUACUGAGAGGAUCCAGCAACCUCCAGCAGCUGCAGAGCAACACCUUGAGCACACGUUGCCCCUGGAGAAUGUUAUUUCCUCAGGUCCUUCCUCGUUCCCCACUGAUGUCUUCGAAGAGGACAUCUCGUCCUCCAUCUCGUCUUUAAACUCAGAGCAACACGGUGCUCUCCAAACGCCAUCUAUUUCCUCACUGCCGGGGCUCCCAGUUGACCAACCACUAAGUGACUGCUCAGCUGUGGGCCUGACCCUUAAUAACAGUCCCAGCCAUGCACAGUCUGGUUUGGCAUUGCAUCCAGCAACCACAGGUGUCCGACAACCUGUGAGCAUGACGCUGUGUGAAUCAAACUCCAUGGCACCAACUGGAAGACCAAAUGGGAUGUUUCUGACCUCUCAGACUACACCCCUGCUGCCAAAGACAGCUCGGCCUCCCAGUCCGAUCUGCACCUCGUCUUUGCCCCCUUCCCUAAACUUCAAUCACCUUACCCGCCCACGGAAACCGCGGGACAUCAAACCCAAGAUGAAGAAACUCAAGUAUCAUCAGUACAUUCCUCCAGACCAGAAGGGAGCGUCUGGGACCGGAGCGGGAGGAGCUAAACAGAGCAGCCCUGCCCCUACCCAGCCUUUAGACCCCGCCUACUCCCACCUGCUGAAACAACAGCAAGUCUUCCUCCAGCUUCAAAUCCUGCAGAGUCAACAGCAACAGCAGCAGCGACUACAACCUCAACAGCAGGUUGUGCCGAGUGGAGAUCACAAUGAUCUAGUGACGUCUUGUGGAGGCGCACCGCUCAGUCUCCAACCUGUUCCCGCCCCAACAAAUCAAACAGCGGCAGACACAACUCCUGCAUCCAAACCAGAGCUUCUUCCUGCAAAUCUUGUUGAUUUAACGGUGUCGGAGUUGAGGCAACAGCUGCGCAAGCGUGGCCUCCCCGUCUCUGGAACUAAGCCGGCCUUGUUACAGCGCCUUCGUCCCUUCCAGCUUCAGCAUGCCUGCCCCACCCCUGCCCCUCUUUGUAAGCUGGGCACCAGCCUGGAGCCCCUCAUUCCCUCUGCCCCGCUGCCACCCGGUCAGAGCCCUGGCUCCAGCCCCGGUUUCGGACUGAACUCACCCGGCAACAGCCCAAACCAACAGCUGUACAUCCAAGAGGGGGGGAUGCCUAACGGGAUACUCAAUGACGGCCCCAACAGAAAUCCAAAUGGGACUCUGAACACUGUCCCGAAAGCGUUCUCAAAUGCUGCAUCAGUCAGUUUGGCAGGCAAACAGUGCGGCCUCAGCGGCACUGUGUUCCUGGAUCCCACCAGCACCGCCUCAGGAACUCCAAGUCCCAGUUUGCCCAUGUCGUCCUCCUCACCCCUACAGUGCGGGACUCCCUGGAGAACCGAGAGCGAGCAGCAGGAGCAGCAAGAGCAGCUAGAGCUGAGUGUGAAGCUAGAGAAGAGGGAGAGGAAGAGGAGCAGGCCCAGUGACUGCUACGUGCAAGCUGGUACUGAGUCCGGGGAGGGAUCCCUUCAUCCGUUCCUGCAACAAGAUCCAGGAUGCUUAAAAAGGAAGGCAGAACUGAACGCACAAACAGAAGUGUUGUUUGCGCAGCCGUGUGAUUUGAUUGGCCAUGACUUUGAGCUGCCACUGCAGAUUACGGCAAGUCCCGCUCAGACCUCACCUAGUGUUCGCAGCUUGGAGGAAGAGCUACAGGAGGCGAUUCAGAAAGCCCAGAUGGACCCUCGGCAGUCCAUUGAUGAUAUUCUAGAUGAGCCCAUCAUUUGUGAUGGCUCCCUUGCGGCCCCUGAUCAUAAAUCUGCUGCACACUCUGUUCCUGACCGUUCCCCUGCCCCUCAAACAGAACAGCCUCCGCCUUUUCAGCAGCAAGAUGACAACUUCCUGCCAUCGCCUCUUUGUUCCUCUCUCCUACUGGAGCUCCCUCCAUCUCCUGCAGUGAUAAACCCAAGCCAGGUUGUCCCUGCUCCUCCACCUCUCCCGAUCUGCGCCUCCCCCAUGCGUUCAACCAGAAAGUCACGGAAACGACGGGCUCCCACACCGUUUGAUGCCGCCGACUGGCUCGAAACCCUCACUUCAGGCCUCCAUCCUGUCACCCCACCGAAACCUCCCUUUGUUGAGUCCGAUUUUAGUCUGGAUUCAGAUCUCAAUGUGAAUAGAGUGCUGGAUCUGUUGAUAGAGCAAUGGUGAAGAUUCAGAAGUGUGUGCACAAGUGGUGCCUUGAAAAAGUAUUCAUUCCCCUUGAACUUUUCCUCAUUUCGUGAAGUUUCCAACCACAAAUCUAAAUCCUACUUCGUCAGGAUGGUGAUAGAUCAGCAAAAAGUGUUGGGCAGUUGUGAAGUGAAAGGAUUCAUGGUUUUCAAAAAAUAUUUUAGGUCUAAAAAUCUGAGAAAAGUGAGAGGACCACUCUUUGCUGCAGUUACAGCGGCAGGUCUUUACCAGCUUUCCAUAUGUGGAAACUGAUUUUUUUUGCACAUUCUUUUCAACCAACAAAGCUCUGUUAGACUGAAAGAACAAUGCAAGCUUUAACUUUCAAUUCUUGCCAUAGAUUUUCAGUUGGAUUUAGGCCUAGACCUUGACUAGACUAUUCUAACAAACGGAUGUGCUUUGAUCUGUAAAUGAACCAGACAAAGGACAGGAAAAUUCAGCCAGACACAGAGCAUGGUUGACAAGGUUUAUUCGAAUCUGAAGCUGGUGGGAGUCAGGCAACGUCUGCAGGAGCACGAACCGGGAACUCUGUAAGGGGAGAAGACAGGUUCCCAGCUGUUAGAGAGUGAGGUAAUCUGAAAGGACUCAAAACGAAUGCCACUAACCUUUUCGUGAUCGGUAUGAGGGGUUUGAUUCAGAAUGAAUGCUCCUCCAGGAAUUCGUCUGUUCAGGGUAUCUAAAAGGAUGUGAGCGACUCCUGACAGUGCCUCCUCAGCCUGCACGCUUGGGCAGCUUGGAUUCGGUACACGGUGGUCAGAGAAUCUGUCAGUAAUAGAUUCAGAAUUCAGAGAGUAAAACAACAUGAGACAGGAAAGGGGCACAAAGUCCUGUUUCGGUUUCAUCUGACCCAAAGCACCUUCUUCCACAUGUUUGCUGAUUGUCACCCAUGGCCUUUGGAAACAGGAUUUAUUUAUUUUAAUUUUUUUUUCUUAUAGUAGUGGCCUUUUUUACUUAACAUUUUAGAAGACUGUGGAAGCGGUCAGAGAGAGAAGACGAAGACAGACUGGGUUUCUUUCAGCAUUGGCUUUCUUCUUGCUACUUCUCCACAAUGUAAGAUUUGUUGAGUACAGAACUCAUUUGAACAGAUUCUCUCACCUGUUUUGUGAAUCUCUGCAGUUCCUUGAAGGGUUUAUAUUGUUCUCUUGGCUGUUUCUCUGAUUUAUGCUUCCCUUGCCCAGCCAGGUAGUUUAGGUGGCUGGCCAUGCCUUGGUAGGUGAUCAUGGUAUCAACGGUCAUGCCGUACUAUUUGUACUUUUUUCCUUGGUCUUUAUGAUGCUGUUUCUUUCCCUAAUGUUCCCCAACAAACCUCUGAGGCCUUCACAGAACAGCUGGAUUUAUAUUGAAAUGAAAGUACACUCAGGUUGACUGUUCAAUAAUUAGGUGACAUGUGAAAGGUUUGCAUUGGAUUUUAUUUAGGGAUACUAGAGUAAGGGGGGCUGAAUACAAAUUAAUGUGACAUCAUUGAGAUUAUUUAGCAAAAAAAGUUGAAAACCUUGUAUCGUUUUCCUUCCACAUCACAAUUAUCAUUACAUUAUGUUGGUCCAACUCGUAAAAAAUCCUAAUGAAAUGCAUUUAAGGUUGUGAUUGAGACUUGGCAACAUGCUAACGAACUGUAGGGGUGUGAAUACUUUUGCAAGGCAUUGUAUGCUUGUAACUCUUUUGUAUGUAUAGUAGCUAACUAGAGCUUUCUGACUGUAAUGAAUUGCACAAAAUGUGUACGUUCCACGACUGAUCCGCUGCUGGAGUCGCUGGUUCCACGCAACGUCGGGAGCCAACUUCACUGCAGCCGACCAGUCAGACACUGCUCCGAUAGGACUGUGAGAGCAAAAACAGAGACGUAGCCAUGCACCCUUUGAACACAGAGACACUGCAGAGGGGUGUUCAAAAGCACUUUGGCUCAAGCAGCAAAAGAAAACCUGUCAGCAUAUUAAGUUGAACACGGUCCCCGGCUGUGCUGGGAGAGAGUCGGUUUUUUUGACUUUUCUCCAGAACCCGUUGUCGAAUUGGGUUGAGUGCGGCACCCUGGUGUUGACUCAGUCUUUGAGUCGCAGCCAUUCAUAAAGCCCAUUCAGAGUAUGUGAAAGCCAGACUGAGCACACAGCUUGUGUGCGUCUCCAGACCUUAACCUCGAUGCCAGACGCACAGUCGGCAUGAGGAGGGAGAAAAACCCUGGCAGGGAAAAGUGCGCUCGCUUUGUGAAUACACCUUGAUAUCUGUGUAAGGUAUGUAUGCUUUCAUUGCUUUUCUUAAACGAGUAACUCUGCACAUAAGUGUAUGUCUGCAUAAAUGUAUAAAAAUGCUCCGUGUUUACUUACAAGCAAUGCCAAAUUAAUUUUUAGUCAAUUGUUUACUUCCCGUUAAAGGGUCUUUGAGAUGAAGCAGGAUGCAGAAAAACCUCUUGGGAUUUCAGUGUCCUCACCUUCUUCAUCGUCACGGGUGUUGGGGCUCACGCGCCAAUCAUCAGAAAAAAAGCCACAUUACCUUUCUGAAGCCAUGACUCUACAGGAGAGCAAUCAGGAAACCACGACCAAGAGAAAAGUCUUUACACAAAUGCACCAAUCGGCCGAGUAAGAGUUUUUUUUUUUUUAGUUUUUUUUUUUUAGCAUCGCAUAGCAAAAACAGGUGGUCAUUGUGUUCCCUGAUUAACCUCCAAUAGCCUUUGCCUCCUGCCAGGUGCCCACCCCUGUCAUAAUUUAUUCCAGUUUUAGUACAACUUAUCAAACACCGUGGCAACACCUGUUCAAUUACUGAAUAUUAAUUCCUCAAAACAUGCAUUAUUUAAAUGACCGUUGUAUAUAAACAAGAUACAAAACACCAAAUGCAACCCCUGACCGCUUUAUUAGGUGCAUAGUUUUAAUCGCUUGCUAACACAGGUAGAGACUCAAUAAAUCACAUGGGAGCAACUCAAUGCUUUUAGGCAACUAGGUGCCAUGUUGUCACAACCAAGCAUCAGAAUCGGAAAGAAAGGGCUCUAAAUGACUUUUGACAUGAAAUGGUUGUUGGUUCAAGGCCGGUGUUCUGGAGGAUUUAGAAACUGCUGAUUUUCCUGCCUUUUUGACAUAAGCGUUGCUGCUUGGAGCCAGGUAUGGGAGAUUGGUUCAGUGGCUAAAAAUACCACUCGUUACGACCAGCGUGGGCAGAACACCAUCUCUGAACUUACAGCCCAUCAAACGCUGGAGCAGGUGGGCUACUGCAGCCGAGGUCCACAUCAAGUGCCUCUCCUGUCAGCUAAGAACAGGAAACUGAGGCUACAACUCGCACACACGUACCCAAAGCUGGACAGCAACAGAUUUAAAGAGUCGUUGCCUGGUCUGACAAGUUUGAAUCUCACACCUGUGAGAUUCAGAUGUGUGGGUCAGAAUCUGAUGUAAACAAGGUGAAAGCUUGGGUCUAUUGUGCCUUGUGUCAGCAGAUCAGCCUGUUGGUAGUGGUGUAACGGUGCGGGUGAUAUGGCCGCCCACCUGAGCAUCAUUUAAACACCACGGCCUACCUCAGUAUUGCUGCCGACUAUGUCCACUGCUUUAUGACCACAGUGUGCCCAUCUUCUUCUGAUGCUUACUUCCAAUAGGAAAAUGCACCGUGUCACAAACCGCAAAUCUUCCUAGUUUCUCUAACUUUCCGAUGAAUUCACAGUACUCCAAUGGCCUCCACAGUCACCAGACCUCAGGCCAAUAAACAGAGCACCUUUUGGAAGUGGUGGAAAGGGAGAUUCACAUGAUGGACAUACAACCUACAAACCUGCUGCAUCUGCAUGAUGCAGUUGUAUCAAUAAAGACCAAAAUCUCUAAGAAAUGUUUCCAACACCUUGUUAAAUUUAUGCAAUGAAGAUUUAAGGGAGUUCUGAAAGCAAAAAGAGACACAUGAAUUAAAUGUCAUAUAUCCCUGGUCCAACCCAUACAGAAUAAGCAAUUUUCUUGCUGAUAUGCUGUAAUAAUGUUUGUAUAUUGGAGGCUACACAAUCCAUUGGUCCUGCGAAGUUUUGCUUGUCAUUUGUUUGCAUGUAAACUUUCAGCUACUGAUGUCCAUUUUCAACCCUGCUGAACAAAAUUAUAUAAAUGAACCAAAGUCUGAUGGAGGUCAGCGAGCAUUAACCUUUCUGUACCUCGCUAAUGUAAUUCAGAUAAAGGAUCCCAUCUACAGAACAUUAUACUGUGAUUUUAAUUGGCUACGUGUCCCAUCUAUCAUAUUGGAAAGUUUGGACUGAAUCCUUUUAAUCAUUUGGCCACCCGUUCUGUGGGAUCACUUAAUAUUCUGUUGGGCUCCUUCUCCUUAAAGGAAAAUGUCAUUUGCAAUGUGAUUUCUUUAAAGCAAACGGACCUUUUAAAGCUGCCUUCCAUUGUAUUUUCAGAUCAUGAUGUUUCUCUGCAGUAUUUCCACUGUUUGUUUCCUCUUUCAGAUAAUAAAUAACAGACAGUGCAUCAAAAUAAGAUAAUCUGUACAUUGGCAAACCUUCAGCACACAGCUACAGCUUUAUGAUGAAGUAGCUCUAGUGCAACUUUCACUAUGGAGACGACACGGGAAAAAAAUGCAGUUAAAUGUGGAUGGAUGGCUAUGAUAAUCAUAGCAAUCAAUAAAUGUUGCCUGCUGCAAGAAAAAAAAAAGAAAAAAAAAAAGGAAAACUGAUAGGCGGGAGAGUAAAAUGCUGCCUCCUGUGACUUCCACUGCUUAAGGGCUGAUGCUCUGGUUUUUCUUAAUUUAUUUCCAAAAAAAAAAAAAAAAAAAGAAGAAAAAAAAGAAGUGCAGAGAUUCCUGUGAAACCUCUGUGAACGUCUAACUGGUUGAAUAUUUCUACUUUAAAAUGUGAGAAAUUUCAACCGGGGAAAUUGGGCUGUUUUAGGUAACUGUGAUCCGGUUUGCCAGUUGCUGCUAUGAUUGACUUAUUGUGAAAAGUUUGCUUUUAUUUAUGUUGUAAAAAAAAGACAAUUUCUGUGCAAAAUGUAUUUAAGAGAAACAACAAAAAUUAAAGUCUUAAUAGAUUUUCUGUCUGUUUCUGCUGUAUUUGAUCUGCGUGAUGUUGGCAAACAGCUCGUUUCUAUGAUCAAGCAACGAACGAGGAAGGAACUAAUCCUUUAUUUAUUUCAGUUGUCCUGUAUUAUGUUAAAUUAAAUAUGGAUGAUCACAAAGUGAAUUAAA